GGGCGGGGCGCGAGCAAGCGCGCGGGCUGGGCUGGAGCCGGCCUGGUCGCCAGCCUAGCCCGGCACAGUGAGCCGAGCGCCUGGGCGGUGGCGGCGGCGCGAUGGCUCCGGCCGCGGACCGGGAGGGCUACUGGGGCCCCACAACCUCCACGCUGGACUGGUGCGAGGAGAACUACUCCGUGACGUGGUACAUCGCCGAGUUCUGGAAUACAGUGAGUAACCUGAUCAUGAUUAUACCUCCAAUGUUCGGUGCAAUUCAGAGUGUUAGAGACGGUCUGGAAAAACGGUACAUUGCUUCUUAUUUAGCACUCACAGUGGUAGGAAUGGGAUCCUGGUGCUUCCACAUGACUCUGAAAUAUGAAAUGCAGCUACUGGAUGAACUCCCAAUGAUAUACAGCUGUUGCAUAUUUGUGUACUGCAUGUUUGAAUGUUUCAAGAUCAAGAACUCAGUAAACUACCAUCUGCUUUUUACCUUAGUUCUAUUCAGUUUAAUAGUAACCACAGUUUACCUUAAGGUAAAAGAGCCAAUAUUCCAUCAGGUCAUGUAUGGAAUGUUGGUCUUUACAUUAGUACUUCGAUCUAUUUAUAUUGUUACGUGGGUUUAUCCAUGGCUUAGAGGACUGGGUUAUACAUCAUUGGGUAUAUUUUUAUUGGGAUUUUUAUUUUGGAAUAUAGAUAACAUAUUUUGUGAUUCACUGAGGAACUUUCGAAAGAAGGUACCACCUAUCAUAGGUAUUACCACACAAUUUCAUGCAUGGUGGCAUAUUUUAACUGGCCUUGGUUCCUAUCUUCACAUCCUUUUCAGUUUGUAUACAAGAACACUUUACCUGAGAUAUAGGCCAAAAGUGAAGUUUAUCUUUGGAAUCUGGCCAGUGAUCCUGUUUGAGCCUCUCAGGAAGCAUUGAUGAAUCAUUCCACCAAGAAAACAAGCACCUACCAUAGACCUGGCAGAAUAAAUAAGGAAAUCCUUAAAGAUCUACAAGUUCAAAUAUGUCAUGACCAUCAUAGCAGAGGAGUGACUUUCUGACUAAUGCUGCCACCCACUCCACAAACAGAAUAAGAAGUGAGGCCUGCUGGGUGUUUAGCUCAUGGCAUUAUCUCAUUUGUCCCCUCCUCCUUUCAUGCUCCAGUUUAUAAAGAAACAGAGAUGAUGUGUGUGUAUGCUUCAAAUGCAGAAACAAUUGGGCUUUUCUUUAACAGGUUAACAGUUUGUGCUGGUUAUAAGAAAUUAAUCUUUUUUUUUCUUUUUGCCAAGGGUUGCAUGUGAAUUAUACUUUUCUUAAUAUUUGAUUAAAUAAUGCAAACAGUCAGCUAAGGGCCAACAAAACCCCAUAUCCAGAUAGUUAGCUGUGAGCCAGCACUCAGCUUUGUCAUAUUUGAUUAAUAUUGUAUUAAUCUCAUGGAUGGUUCUCAAAGGUAAGAAAAAAAGAGAGAGAGAGAAGAGAGAGUGAGCUAGCUGUGGGAUUCUGUGUAGUUCUUCACUGUCUGUUCCAGGGCUAGUCAGAGGAUCAUAAGCAAGCUCAGACCUGCCCCCGGUUCAAUACUUAACCACAUCCCAGGAUUUAUGGUGUCUGCCUAUGGCCACAGCCAACCAGAAUGAGUGGGUCAUCUUAUAACGUUUCUGAAGCUCCAUGAGGACAUGUAUGGAAUGUUGUGCCUUCAGCCAGCUCUGCUCUGAUCUUUGCAGAUCUUUAAGUUGUCACCGUUUCUAUGGCUAGACAAAUAGGACUGGUGGUCUAGACUACCCAUAGUUCAUCCUCCUCACAUAACUUAGUUGAAGUUGUCAGGGAAUGUCAUUACACUUCGAUUUUUUAAAUUAUGCAGUAUUUUCCAGUUCUCAAAGAGAGGUCAUGGUUGUGCCCAGGGAAGUGUGUUGCGUUAACUAAAGCUAAAAUGAUCAGAAUCCUAUUUACAUAAAGCAUAUUAAAAUAUCUGCUCCUUAAUUUUCUGAAGGAAAUAGAUGUAAGUUUCUGUUACUUGAAACCUACAGAACCCACAAAAAUUAGGGUGAUAAGAAAUGACAGUGAAAUCUCAUCGUAAGGCAGCUAGUUCUAAUUUGCAUUUGAAUAUAUAACAAAUUGCAUCACUUUUGACAAACAUAACACCUGCCUGCAGUAAAAAUCUGAUUUGACCCCUCUGCUCAUGUAUCAUCAUAUCUGUAGCUCUGCAUCAUUUAGCAUUUUUAUGACUUUUUUUGCUUUUUAUAAAUUAUUUUAAAAUCCAGAUUGUUUUUACCACAUGAUGACAUGACUCAAGAUUAAAUCCUAAGCUAGUUUCAAAAGGAAAAUCUUUUCUUCUUAUGCAAAGAUGGUAAAACACUUUUUGUCAUUUUUUCCAGUAUUCAGUAAGUAGCCUUUGUACAAAUUUAAAACCAAAAACUA